AUGUCUCCAACAGAGUUUGUUCAUGGCAACUAUACCGUGGGAUGGGUCUGCGCGCUUCCAAAGGAGCAGACCGCAGCCACGGCAAUGCUGGAUGCCGAACACCCUGGCUUGCCCAAGCCACUCACCAACAGCAACACGUAUACUCUGGGAAUAGUUGGGAACCAGAACGUAGUCAUCGCUUGCCUGCCAAAGGGAAAGUACGGCACCAGCUCAGCGGCGACAGUUGCGGCCAGAAUGCUCGACACAGUUCCCUCCAUCAAGCUCGGCCUCAUGAUUGGCAUUGGUGGUGGCAGCCCUCCAAAAGUUCGGCUAGGCUACGUCGUGGUUAGCACACCAACUGAUCAGUUUCCCGGAGUCGUGCAGUGGGAUUUCGGCAAGGCAGAGAAAGGCGGACACUUGAGGAGGAUCAUUACCCUCAACAACUCACCUGGCGCACUCCUGACGGCGCUAUACACCAAGUCUGAUUCACUCAAGGACCCUCUGCUCUCGUCAACAGGCAUCCAAGAUGAUCGUGUUGGAUUCUUGGCCUUGUUCUACAUGAUCUGUGUGGCGAUUUUGAGCAUUUUCAAGUUUUUCCUGGCAUGGCAUGUAUUUGCUCCUAGGAGCCCUGUGGCCGAGGACGGCGCAGUUGAUGGAGGAGGAGAGAACGUACCCAGAGACAUGCAAGCUCAUUACGGCCUGAUUGCUUCCGGAAAUCAGGUCGUCAAGGACGCUGUCUUCCGCGGCAAUAUUAACCGCCAGCUGGGCGGCAACGUGUUAUGUCUUGAGAUAGAGGCGGCAGGGCUAGCCAAUGACUUUCCGUGCCUCGUCAUCCGGGGUAUCUGUGACUACGCCGACUCUGGGAAGAGCGAGGAGUGGCAGGAACACGCAGCUGCCGUGGCUGCAGCGUUUGCUAGAGAGCUUCUGUCCGUGGUGCCAGCCCAGGAGGUCAACCAGAUAUGCAAUGCCAAAAGUAAGCUUCAACCUGCCCUUCCGCACAGUCCAAUCAAGGCCAGCACGCAGACGCUGUUCUGCCCAGGCAUCCCUGGCGCCGGCAAGACUAUUCUCACGUCAGUCGUCAUUGAUGAUCUUAGAAGUAGAUUUCAUAGGGACAGCAAUAUUGGAAUCGCCUACAUCUAUUGCAACCUUCGACAACCAGAUAAUCAGAGGAUUGAUAAGAUGCUGGCGAGUCUUUUGAAACAGUUGGCUGAACGAAAGCCCUCCCUCCCGGAGGUCGUCAAAGGUCUCUAUGACCGGCACAAACAUGAAAAGACACGACCGUUAGUCGAAGAAGUCUUGACGACUGUGCACUCUCUAGCGAAGAUGUAUCUUCGAGUCUACUUGAUCGUCGACGCGCUGGAUGAAUGUCAGGCCUCGGACGGCAGCAGGGCAGAACUCUUGAAAGCGUUGUUUGCGCUCCAGAAGAGCUGCGGUGCAAGCCUCUUCAUGACAUCGAGGAUCAUGCCCGCCAUCCAAGAGUACUUCACAGAAAGGUUCAUGGAGUUGGAGAUUCGCGCCUCUAAGGAGGAUGUGCACAGAUAUCUCGAGAUCCGCGUCGACUCUCUGCCCAAUGUGGUCCAAAGCAGCCCAGAGCUCCGCGAGGACAUCAAAACCGGAGUGGCUAGGGCGGUUAACGGGAUUCAAGAACUGAUCAAGUUCCUGAAGAGUAACGGGAAGUGCGCUGCGGCUGCCGAGACCCUGAUGGUCAUCACUGAGUCCUGGAGCUGCGCAUUUGCUCCAAAGAAAAUGACGGGUCUUCACCUGGCGGCUUACUUCGGAAUGACUGAAGCAAUCAACCUUCUCCUCAGACAUGUAGGGAACGUCGAGUUGAAAGACAGCCACGGCUGGACACCAUUAGCAUGGGCUGCAGUGAAGAGGCACGACGCGGUAGUCAAGCUGCUUCUCAAGACCGGUGUUGAUGCAGAGUCGAGGGAUACGAAUCAGAGAACCGCAUUGUCGCUAGCGGCGGAAAAGGGGCAUGAAGCUAUCGUCAGCCUCCUGCUUCCAAUCGAAGUGGUCGACGCCGAUUCGAGGGAUGGGUAUGGUAACACGCCACUAUUUUUUGCCGCUGAGAAGGGCCAUGAUCAUGUCUUCAAAGUGCUGCUCGCUACAGACAGGGUUGACAUACAUGCAACGAACCGCAUUCGCCAGACACCAGCAUGGGUAGGCGUGGAAAUGGGGCAUGCCGACGUUGUAAAGCAACUGCUCAGCAUGGGUAAAUUCGAUGGCAACACGAGGAACGAGUUAGGCGAGACGCCCCUGAUCUUGGCCGUUCGAAGAAAGCACGAAAACCUCGUUAAGCUGCUGUUGGCCACGGACGAGAUCCAAAUCGACAAGAGGGACCGAUUCGACAGGACGUCGUUGUCGUUUGCAGCCGAGGACGGGCUCGAAGCCAUAGCCAAGCUGCUGAUUGACAUCGGCAAAGCUUAUGUCAACCUGAAAGAUCGAAACAACCGGACGCCGCUGUUGUUUGCGGCUGAGAAUGGUCACGAGGGGGUGGUCAGGCUGUUACUAGGCCCAGGCCAGGCCUACGUUGACGCGAGGAACAAUACAGGCACAACUCCGUUUCUGCAUGUCAUGUACGAUGGCCACGAGGCAAUCACCAGGCUUCUUCUAGCCACAGGAAAGGCUGGCAUCGACAUUCCAGAUGGAUCCGACUUCACGCCGCUUCUGAUGGCCGCGUAUCAAGGGCACGAAUCCAUUGUCAGACUCUUGUUGGACACGGGGGAAGUUGACUUGGAUGCCAAUGACACCCACGGUAGAACGCCUUUACUAUGGGCUGCCAUGAAAUGGAACGAGCCCAUCGUCAGGUUGCUUCUCAAGCAUGGCGCUGAGAUCGACGUGAGAUCUAGGGGUGGCCAAACGCCAUUGUCGGUGACCAGCGCGAACGAGGCCCUCACCAAGAUACUGCUGGCUGCAGCCGCUACCAAGAGGGAUGAUCCUAGCCAGACCCCAGCCCCGUUACUUGCUCAGAGAGGGCACGAGGCGGUUGUUCAGUUGAUGCUUCCAAGCAACAUGUGUGUUGAAACGAGCGUUGACAGCAGCGACCCGUCGCCAUCAUGGGCCACCGAGUACAACGACAUGGUUAAGCUGCAACUUGCAAAGGCCAGGUUUGACAUUGUCGCGAAAGACCAGGAUGGCUCAACACUACUCCAUUAUGCCUCUUGGCACGGACACGAGGCUAUCGUUAAGUUGCUCCUUGCUACAGGAGCGGUCGACAUCAGCACGACGGAUAAUUCAAGCCGGACACCUCUAUCCUGUGCUGUCGAAGGCGGACAUGAGCCCGUUGUAAGGCUACUUGUCGCAAACGGCAAGGCCAACAACUUCACUGACUUCUCGCAGGAGACGUACGCUGCUCUUGUACAGAAUGAGUCGAUGAGCAACCUGAUUCUCACCUCAUUCGAGGCCAAUGUUGACGUAAAAGACAGCAGCAUGAAGCCAUUAUUGUGUGUUGCCGGGUACGAGGCCAUGUUUAGGCUGCUAAUGGCCACUGGCAACUUCGACAUCCAUUUGAGGAAUUCCGGCGUGACGUUGCUGUGGCUAGCUGCCAGAAGUGGCCACGAUUCCCUCCUCAAACUGCUGCUUGAUACGUGGAAGGCUGACAUCAAUUUGCGAUAUAGCGCCGGCCUCACGCUGCUAGCCAUAGCCACCAUGAAGGGGCAUGAGAAUAUCAUCAAAGUAUUGCUCAACACGGGAGAGGUCGACGUCAACUUAAGAGACAAUUCUGGGAAAACGCCUUUAUACUUGGCAGCUACACUUGGCCACCGGGAUAUUGUGGAUCUACUUUUAGCUACAGGACAAGCUGAUGUCAAUGUCACGAUUGAGGGUGGGUAG